UUAGAAGGUAUUUGCCAAAUUGUGUGAUGGAUUGAAUAACAGAGGUGAAAACACACAAUGCAGCUUUAUUUGUACAUUGUUUGAACUGUGGGAACUUUUGAGGAAACUUGAUUUUGGGGUGUGUUGGUUUGACUGACAGGUGUCUCAGCCUAUCAGAGUCCGGUCUGCCACCUUUCACAUCCACUUUACAUCAGCUCCACACAGAUUUCAUCCUGGCCAUUAUCCUCCAGCUUCCAGGUGGCAGUGUGAAGCAAAUCCUAAACCGCCAAUGUGUCCCACUUUUUAUGCCGUCUAAUUAUAUCAGGCGAACAGCAGGUGGCAAAAAAAACAGCCAGGCACUAUUUUUGUAAACAAACUGAAGGAAGAAUUUUAACACUUAAGGCUGAAACAAGAAAUAAUAAGAUGUGUUCCUACCAUGGAUGUAUUCAGAGAAUCCAUCUCAGUACAUACACGGUGCUAAUGUUAAACCGCGAUCACAACUCCAACAUUUAAUCAAUAAUCAGUUUUUAUGGAAAUGGAAAAGUAGUCAGUUAAUUCAUGAAUAUUCUCCAUUUAUUUGUUUUGUGUCUGUCACCAUCACCACAGCAAUAAAUUGCCACUUUUUCCAGCUGCAUCAUGUCAACACAGCACUGAAGAAUUAAAUGGUUUUAGCAUUUAUUAGUAUUAUUUGAGGAUUUUCUUGACUUUUUGCUGUGUAAAUCUACACGACAGUUUAAAAAUUCAAGGAACUGGUGUAAAAAAAAAAAGUACUAUUUGGUACCACAUGGGUCAUGAGAAGAGCUACAUUUAUUCUCAAACUGUGCUUACUAACCAUUGACUGUAUACUAGAAAAGCACUCAGAGAGUGCAGACCUCCGCCAAGGAUAGAGAGGAAAACAGGAAACUCAUGCAGUAAAGGAUCAUGAGCUGGAGUCAAACCUGCAUCUCUGACACGGUUCUGUUUACAAAUCACCUUCUUAACCAGUUGAGCUAUCUGGACACCUUGCUCCAAUUUGUUGGACGACAUACUAACCUAUGAUGUUUAUGUCAUAUUUUGGACCACAUACUAAAACAUACUAAAAAAAUUCAAAGUGAUCCAGAAUCCAGGAUCCUUUCCCGAUUGCCACCAAAAUUAAAUCAGCUCUUCCUCUUACCAUAGUCUACAUCCCCUCAAAAUUUCAUCUGAAUCUGCCCAGGCGUUUUUGAGUUAUCUUGCUAACAGACAGACAGACACACACACAAAUGCCGGGUGUCACAUAACCUCCUUGGCGGAGGUAGAUGAACAACACAAGUACCAGUCAUUCAUCUUUUAAACAUUUUUUGUUUUGUUUUUUGGACCCUUUGGACCCAAUGCAGUGAUCUACAAUGCUAAUGAUGAACUGCCGUUUCUGUAUCCAAUUGGCAAUGUCAAAGUGUCAGUGCAAUUGUUGAGAAUAAAUUACAACCAAAGAGACAAAAAAAUAAAAAGCGUAUAUUGUUAUUAGGUCUUAUAUUGUUUCCUGCAAGACAGAGCUCAGGGCUCUUAAUCCAAAGUGUCAAACACAACCAGUGGUCCAGUGAGUCACAUGACCAAAUCAGAUCUGAUCAUGUGACUCAGUCUGAUUGUGUUCACCUGUUUAAAAUCAGUCCAUCUGGUUGGGGCCUCAGAUUGUUUCUCUAUGUUUGGAGGCUGAAACUUGGUCCAAUUCCACAGAACCAACAGUAAAGAUGAGGUUGUUGCAGGAAACUGUGGUUCUCCUGUUACUGUGGAACUGCCUGGAAUCUGCACACUCCAGGAGCUGUUCCAUGCUCUUCUGCAGGAAAUCUCAUUCUGUCAGCAGCCCUGAUGGAGUGGAUCUGGGCUCCCCUCUGUUCCUCACCCCCUAUCUGGAGAAAGGAGCCAUAGAUGAAGCCAGGAAGCUGAGUCUGGUGGGAGAACUACCUGGAGCUAAUGUCAAGAGUUACUCCGGAUACCUGACAGUGAACAAAAAAUACAACAGCAACCUCUUCUUCUGGUUCUUCCCUGCACUCAUGGCAGGCCAUGAGAAAGCUCCAGUCCUGCUGUGGCUGCAAGGCGGCCCUGGUCUAACCUCCUUGUUUGGUCUGUUUGUGGAACAUGGGCCGUAUGUGGCGUUCAAGAACCUGACUGUUGGGUUGAGAGAUUAUUCCUGGACGACCAAAUAUUCGGUUUUAUACAUCGACAAUCCAGUUGGGACAGGUUUCAGCUUCACAGAUGAUGACAGAGGUUUUGCUCGGAACCAGGAUGAUGUUGGCAGAGAUCUGUACAGUGCUUUGACACAGUUCUUCCAGAUCUUUCCUGAAUAUCAGUCCAAUGACUUCUAUGCAACUGGAGAGUCGUAUGCAGGGAAAUACGUUCCUGCCAUUUCUUACUACAUCCAUAAAAACAACCCCACUGCCAAGGUGAAAAUCAACUUGAAGGGGAUGGCUAUUGGGGAUGGACUCUGUGAUCCAGAAAUGAUGAUAGGCGACUAUGGAGAGUUCCUGUAUCAAAUAGGACUCCUAGAUGAACUCCAGAGGCAGUAUGUUGACAAGCAGACGGAUUUGAGCGUUCAGCUCAUCCAGCAGCAGAAGUGGGUGGAGGCUUUUCAGGUUAUUGAUACAUUGCUGAAAGGUGACUUGUGGCAUUAUCCCUCCUUCCUUGAAAACGCUACAGGCUGCACCCGCUACAUUUACUACAACUACAUGUCAUGUCAGGCACCUGAGGACUUUAAGUACUUUGUCCCAUUUGUGACCCUGCCGGAGGUGCGACGAUCCAUCCACGUGGGCAACCUGACAUUGCACGAUAAGUCGAAGGUGGAGAAGCACCUCAUUCAGGAUAUCAUGAAGAGCGUCAAGCCGUGGCUGGGAGUACUGAUGGACAACUACAGGGUCUUGAUGUACAGCGGUCAGCUGGAUAUAAUCGUAGCUGCCCCUCUGACUGAGAGGUUCCUGCCUACCGUUAACUGGACCGGUGCUGCCGAGUACAAAACAGCCCCUCGGUUCCACUGGAAGGUUCAGCCUGAAGACACGGAGGUGGCCGGUUAUGUCAGACAAGUUGGAGAGUUUUACCAGGUGAUCAUUCGAGGAGGAGGACACAUUCUGCCUUAUGACCAACCAGCCAGGUCCUUUGAUAUGAUCGACAGAUUCUUGUCUACGCAGGGCUGGGUAUGAGAGGUACCGGUGCUGAGACACAGCCGAGAAAAGCACCUUGAUUUUUAAAGAAACACUGAUCAUUGAUUUUUAAAGACUGCUGAUUGUCAGAAACCAUGCAAAUCAGCAUGUCAUUUUAUAUCCAAUUAUAUAAAAACUUAAUCUCAAAUCAACAACUUUUAAAAACAAUUUUUACUCAACAAUGUCUGUUUUUUCUCACUUUAUUAGCAUGAAUAUUUAAAGAUAUUUGAAAUUCCAGCUUGAUAUAGAAAAUAUUUUCAAAGAACUUUUAUAAAAAUUGCUUCUCAACCCCCUUUUAGCAUGUUUGUUUUCGUUUUUGCAGAAUUAAUAGAAUGAUUAUUAACUGUGCAUUUCUUCUUAGUUUGUCCAAACAUAACCUCACAUUUGCAGCCCCAUACAAUGUUGGGUAAUUUACAGUUAAAAACAAUUAAUAAAUCCUUUAACAGAAAACAUUUUUUUGAAAAUUUUAUUAUUUUGGUUUAAAAGUUCCAAGCAAAUCAGAGGUAGUCAUGCAGAAGAUGGAAUUGACUUUCUCCUGACUCUUGGAAUCUUUUAAAUCUAUUAAAGUUCUCUCAUUUUUAGGAUUCAUUUCAUGUUGUUGUUUUUGGAGUAUUGUGUUGUAUUCAAUCAGUACAUGCUUUAAGAUGAAAUGUUCACUUAACUGUGUCAAAUAAUCUAAGUUUGAAAUGACAAUUUUACUCCUGAAAUGUUUACAUAUGGGGGGGGGGCAAUUUUUCACUGCUCUGUAAAUCCUUGAAAUUAGAAAAAUGGCUUGAAAUAAAGAU